AUGACAGAGAUACUGUCGCGCCUCACUGUGGUGUCAUCCCUCCAGCAUGCCUCAAAUGAGGAAGACUAUGAUCGCCAACUUUACGAGCUCAUUGCCUAUAUAAAACAACCUACAAGACUUAACGAGAUCACAAGAAGUGCUGAUCUAUUGCUGGAUGGUCUCAAUCCGUCUCUGCAUUCGGUGGCCUAUCUAUUCGUUUUCCAUGCUCGAGUGAAGGUCUUGGGCGAACGUCUGCCAAAGGAUGUCCAGCCUGGGGGACACUUGUGGAAGAGGGCUAUUGAGUUUCUGAGGGUGUUCGACCCAAUCCAAGUUCGCUACGCUGGCCAGGAAUGGAGACGACUUAUUGAGCUUGUAGCCAACGCCGCACAGGCUUCUUCAAAGACUUUCCUAGCAGUCCAAGCGGUUAGAGAUGCAAUACUCCGACUUGAUCCGGCAUCUGAAACUUUCACAUCGACACAUCUCCUUCUUAUGAAACUUUGCCUACUCAGCAGAUCGUACAGGCACGCAUUGCCCGUCCUAAACAAGGCUAUGUAUCACUUUCCUGCCGGUCCCAGUCAUGCUUAUCAGGCGCACCGUCAGGUCUUCCUCUGCUCUGAGCACGGGUCAAGCGCGGCGUACAUCACCCAUGCUUCCGGAUUCACUGCACAGGUGACAUAUAGGGACCACCUGCAAUACUUUCUAUAUGGCGCUAUGAUAUACAUGGCACUUAAGGAGUGGGAGAGUGCGCUUCAUCUCUUGUGCAUAGUCGUCAGUUGCCCUGUCGCCAAUACUGUCAGUAAGAUUAUGGUUGAGGCAUACAAGAAGUGGCUUCUUGUCAGUCUACUGGCGAAAGGGAAGAUUAUAUCAACGCCUGAGAUGAUCAAUCCGCAUGUGAUGAAGGUCUAUCAGUCAUUGAUAUUGCCAUAUGUCUCGCUGGCGGAUACCUUUGAAAAUGACGACACAGAGAGGCUCUGGGCCGAAGUUGACGUUGGUCGGGCGAUAUGGCUCGCUGAUAACAACAUGGGUCUAGUUCUCCAGGUUGUUCAUGCGCACAGGAAGUCUGUUGUGGUGAAGCUAGGCAGUACAUUCUCAGCCGUGGCCAUCGCAGACAUCGCGCAGCGAAUAGCAUCAGAUCCGGUCCCCUCCACCGAGGCUGAAACAUCUAUAUCGUCUAUGGUGAUAUCCGGCCUGGACUCGACUCUCUUACACUCGAACAGUAACCACAAGCCCACAAUGCUUCAUUUCCACGCUGGAGGAGCAUCGAACUCUUUUGGGGAAGAGCAUAUAGCAUUUCUCCUGGAUUCAGAGAGACUCUUGUUGUCGACGCUCGCCGCUAACCUCGGUCAGAGCAACCAUGAUUUGGAGCUAAGCAGUGAGCAUCUCCAGUUCCUCCGAAGGGCUAAGAAUGCCUCUCAGCACAGUUCUGGCCAGUUUGGGAUGAAAUUCAAAGAUGAUAUCUCCAGCUGGGAUGUAGAUGAGGACAUAAUGAGUGGCCUGCAUUGA